AUGAAUCAACAACGACGGCGACAAAUGGCUGAAAAUUACUUAGUGAUUUGGGUCGACGGCAAUAUCAAUAUGGCAAACGAACAUUGCCAAAACACACUCACACAAUUGUGCGGUGUUGUUAAUGAAGUCAAUCAAUGCACCACCGCCGAAAAAUGUAUUGAGACGCUUCAAGAAAAUAGUGAGAAGACAUCAUUUGUUAUCUCCUCUGGUGCACUUGGCCAACAUCUCGUACCAGAAAUUCAUGGCAUGCCAAAAUUAGAUGGCAUUUAUAUCUUCUGUGGCAACAAACAACGCCAUCAAGAAUGGGCCAAAAAUUGGUCAAAAAUUAAAGGCGUUCAUACAUCCAUUAAAUACAUCUGUGAAAAACUGGCAGUGGCUAUUAAACAAUGUGAUCAAGAUCAGGUAACUGUUAGUAUUAUUGACAUCAAUGAAGGAGAUGCUAGCGAAAAUCUCAAUCAGCUAGAACCAUCCUUCAUGCAUACACAAAUAUUCAAAGAAAUUCUCCUUGAUAUGGAUCAUGGCCGACAAGCCAUCAAAGAUUUGGUCAAGUUCUGUCAAGAAAAAUAUCAAGGCAAUCGUAAAGAACUCAAAUUUAUUCAAGAAUUUGAACGUACCUAUCAAUCAACAUUGGUGAUAUGGUGGUAUACACGCCAAUGUUUUACAAACAAAAUGCUUAAUCGAACAUUAUGA